CAAGUGCUACACGUUUGACACAGCCAAGUGAGAUGAGUCCAUGUUCAAGCCUGAUUUCGGUGAAUGAAAUAGAAGUUGAUCGUGAGUUUGCGCGUUGAAAAGAACAAUUGAAAAAAGUAGUCGCACAGGCGCAGUGAACUUUCAAUUCGUAACUGAUUCACCAGUCUCACAUUCUCACCCCCCAAGGCUAUUCAGACGACGGUCUGCACGUGAGGCCGUGAGGUGUGUGGCUGGUAACUUGUGUUGUUGGGUUUCAGCUUUCCACGUUCGUUUUCCUCCUCCCUUCCCCAACAACUUUUCGUUUUACCCAUAUCCAGUGUUGUUAUUUACCUCCAACGCGAGCAUACAUUUCAUUUCUUCAAGUUCAAUAAUUCUCUGAGUGACGUUUUUUCGGAAACAUGAUAGCCAACCGAGCUCGUGUUACGCUGAAAUUCAGCCAUCCAAUCGACUGGUCUCAGUCCGUCUUCCGUUCGCCUGUAUGGGCCGUCGUCCGGCCUUGUUCUUCAAGCAGCGCCGCAGCGGAGAAAUCAUUAAAUAUCGACAAGAAUUCCAUUAAAAAUGCGCCUAAAGAACUGGGAGUGAGCGUCGAGUACCUACGUGGACUGCCUCAACUGACUGUGCCACUGCCAUCCAGGAAAGAGCUCUGCCUUUUCUCAUUGCGGCCCGUCACGCACAGCGUCGGUGACCUGAUGGAACAGAUUCGAUCGGAAGAUCGGGGAAUCGAUCGUGUUGUCUUGAAAACUAUCGAUGGAACGAGAAUUGCAGCGUCGAACACGAUCGAAUCGCUGAUGGAACAAGACUUCGAUCUCGUCAUUAAUGACGUUUCUUAUCGCGUGACAUCGCCACCCCGCGAACGCGUCUCUAGGGAAGAAAUGGAGAGGUUAUCGGACGUCCAGAACUUGGUGAUGCAGUUGUACGAAGCUCUACACGUUGGCGAGCAUCAAUUGAAAAAAGAGCGCCAUCUGAUAGCCCAGCUGGAACAACUUCAAUCGCAAAUUCUUCCUCUGGAACAAAAGAAGAAUUUGGUGAUGGCUGGUGCUGAGAGGAAAACGGCCACCAUGACGUGGAUCGGCUUAGCUCUGAUGGGCGUCCAAUUUGGUGCUUUGGCCCGUCUCACUUGGUGGGAAUACAGUUGGGAUAUUAUGGAACCCAUCACUUACUUUGUCACAUACGGAACAUCGAUCGCCUGUUUCGCCUACUACGUCCUUACUAAACAGGAAUACGUUCUGCCCGAUGUUCGUGAUCGCGAGUAUUUGUUGCAAUUCCACAAGAAAGCCAAGAAGAUCGGGAUGAAUGUGGACGAGUAUAAUCGGCUUCAGAACAGCAUCGCUCAGGUGGAAAACGAUCUGAAACGAUUGCGAGAUCCUUUACGUGUCCAUCAUCCGCCGACGGGCACGAAACCUUUCGAUGUGGCGGAUGUGAGUGGCGAUGAUCAGGUGGCCGCCAGUCUUUGGAAUCGAACUCAAUUGCGUCUACAAAAUCUGUUGCGAACUUCCAAACCUCAAAAAUUAUAGGCAAAGAUGAACUCAAAAAUGAAACAAGAAAAAAAAAAAAAAUGAAAAAGAACAAAAAUCAAACCAAAAAAAAAAAAAUCACAAAAAAAAACAAGUUUAUUAACCAGUCGCCAUGACAAAGCGCCCAUGACAACAGUGCACAAGUUAUGUAUUACAUAAUAACGAUUUUCUGAUUACUAAUUUCUUAAUAUUUCGAGCCAAAAAAAAAAAAAAUAAUAA